AAAAUUAUUGUGCCGACCAAGAAUAGAUAAAAAUCAACAACAAAAAAAACUAUCAUCAUCAACAACAACAUUGACAUUAACGCCGAAGCAGACUCCAUAUCAAAAAGAGAAUUUGCUUCCCCCUUUUUUUUGACAAAUAAUAUAAAGAAGAAGAAGAAAAAGUAGUCAAAAAUAGAUUUUCUUCAUCUUCGAUUCUCUUAAAUUGUUUUUUUUCUGUUUGGGACAUUUUUUUUUGAAAUUGAGAAGUAGUUCUUAGUCUUUUAUUGUAAACAUAACAAAUCUAAGUGAAUUUCUUUCGUUAAAAUCAAUCAAUUUUAUUCAAUUCGUACAACGAUGGAUGAUCAAAGACUAAUAACAUCAUCAAAUCAAGAUGAUCAAGAACAACAACAACAAAAAUUGGAUCAUUCCAACAACAACAGUGAUAUGAUGUUGAUGGUGAUUCAGAAUGAUGAUGAUGAUGAUAAUAAAUCAAAUAAUAAUCCACAACAACAACAACGACGUCCAAAUUUAGUACAUUCGGUCAGUAUUAUUGUUGAACCGGCAGUUAAUUUUAGUGAUUUGGAUGAUGAUACUACAACAACAACAACAUCAAAUACUGAUGAUAGUUUUAAUGAUGAUGAAUUACGUAUAUCACCAUCAUUACGUAUUAGUGAACGUCGUAAAACAAUUGCUGGUCCAGUAUCAAUGUUUGAAGAUUUUUAUUUUGAUCAACCUAAAAAAGCUAAAGAAUAUGAUGAUGUUGUUCAAUCAUUAAUUACAUCAGCACGAUUACGGAAAGAAGAAUUUGCACGUUUAUUGGAAGAACAUGAUCAAAUUGUUAAAGAAAUUCGUAAAGCUGAAACAAAUUUAAUAUAACAAAUUCAAACGAAUAACAUCAUUUAUUAUUCAGAAUAAUAAUAAUAAUC